ACAUUCAAAAUCCAAAUAACCCAGAUUUUUCCUUCAAUAUUCAAUAUUAGAAAUGAUAUAUUCCUGCCUGUCCCUGGACACUCACUCCCCCUGAGGACCUAGUGGCUUGGGGACUGGCUAGAAUUCAUCCUCUGGGUGUUAAAACCAAGAAUAUUUUUAGAAACACAUCUGACAUGGAAGCUUUCGUCCCUGGGAUCUCACUCCUCCAACUACUCUGAGGCCACACAAAUGCUCCUUUCAGAAUUUUCCACACAUUUCUAAUUUGUCGUAGUUGUAGACUAGAGUCUGUUGUCACACUGAGUGAAUGGACAUGAAUGGACAUAGACCAACUGUGCUCAAAUUCAGAAUCUGUGUGAAAAAGACAAGGGACUAGGUUGGGCAAAUGUAUUGUCGUUAUACCAGGACAACAAAAAUUUGCAUACUGCAUGCAUUUGCAUACUGAAUGACACCUCCCCACAGCAUGACAUAUUCAGACAGGCCAGGGAGGCCAACUAAACUUUGUGUAAGUGUAGGUUAGAUUGUGAAAUGUCAAACCUCCUGUCUGCUGUUAUCUCAAACUGCAGACGCGUGCUACACCACGCCUCAUUGGACGUCACAUCAGCAUAAGAUAACUCAUUUAACACCCAGUUUCACACUAGUUAAGUCUCCUCAGUCUGACAACUCUAACAAAGGUCAUCCUAAAAGAAAUAACCAGGUAGUUUACACCAAAGAAGUGUUGCUCUUUUUAUAGGGAACAGUCAUGAAGGGAGGAGAGUUUGUCGUUCUGUUCCUGUCUUUACUGUUUGAGUCUUCAUUGCCUCAAAUCGACCGAUGCCAAAAGGAGACGGACUGCCCCAAGGAGAACCAGGAUGUCUACUCUUCUUCCACAACAGAAAUCCCAAAAGUCCUAAAACCCGGCGCCACCGAGGUUUUCUUUGUAGACAGCCAUCUUGAAACUAUCCCAAAAGACGCCUUCGUCACAAACCCACAGCUGGAGAAGGUGGAAUUCCUCAACACCCCAACAACCUCCAUUGAGCCUGGAGCUUUUGAGGGUUUGGUCCAGCUCACACAGGUUGAGAUCUCCAGCACUCUACUGACAUUGAUCCCAGUGGGAGUCUUCAAAGAUCUGCACAACCUGGAGAAGAUUAUACUGAAAUUCAACAAGAUCCGCAGUCUGGAGAGAGGCCUGUUCCAGGGCCUUAACAAAGUAAGAGACAUCCAGCUCCAUGGGAAUGAGAUAGAAACAAUAGAGGACGGGGUGUUUGAUGACCUUAAUAAUCUUUUAACGCUUCAUUUGGCUAAAAACAAUCUCUCCGCCAUCUCUCCCGACUGGUUCUCCAAGUUAAACAAACUGCACACACUCCGUCUUUACGAGAAUCAGCUGACUUCCAUUCCUGAAGACACUUUUAGGAAUUUAUCACAAAUAAAGGAAAUUGGCCUGCACGGAAACAUGAUAGCAGAAUUGCCGCCCAAUCUGUUUCCGCACAAAGAUAAAUUAAACAAGAUCACGUUGGACAGUAAUCUUCUGACAACUUUACCUGAACAAUUCUUUGUGGGCUUCCAUCAGCUCAAAGCACUGACCCUGCACCACAACAGGUUCACCAGUCUACCACCGGGACUCUUUGGAGAAAUGCCAAAGUUAACUGAGCUGAGCCUCAGUGCAAACAGUCUCCACACUCUUCCUACAGGGCUUCUCAUCCCCCUGAAGAAGGUGAAGAAGCUCGAUUUGUCCAAGAACAGCUUUGUCACAUUGUUGCCUGAGUACUUUGAAGGUCCGGAGAAGCUGACUGAGCUGAAUCUCCAGAACAAUAGGAUAGAGUCAUUGGAUGCAGAUGUGUUUAAACAUCUACAGUCCCUGAUCACACUCAGACUGGCUCACAACAACCUCCACACACUUCCUGGUGAUGUUUUCGAACCUUUAACCAAACUCAGAAAACUCUACCUCAGUAACAACCCUUGGCAGUGUGACUGUAACCUGGUUCCUUUUCACCUCUGGAUGACGUUGAACAAUGACAAGAUUGUUUCUACUGUGGUUUGUGAGUAUCCAGAACAUCUAAAGGGGCAGGACAUCAAAUCACUAAGUGAGAGUCAACUUGUUUGCCCCACCUCUUACCCUACGACUACUUUCCUAACAACGACUCCCACUACAGUUCCACCGACUACUGCACCCAUAACCACUGUAGCAACCACUACAACUACCACCCCUAUAGCAACCACUGCACCCAUCACCACUAUAGCAACCACUGCUGCACCUACCACCCCUAUAGCAACCACUGCACCAAUCACCACUAUGGCAACAACCGCUGCACCCACCACUCCUAUAGCAACCACUGCACCCAUCACCACCAUAGCAACAACCACUGUACCUACUACCCCUAUAGCAACCACUGCACCCAUCACCACUAUGGCAACAACCACUGCACCCACCACUCCUAUAGCAACCACUGCACCCAUCACCACCAUAGCAACAACCACUGUACCUACCACCCCUAUAGCAACCACUGCACCCAUCACCACUAUAGCAACAACCGCUGCACCCACCACUCCUAUAGCAACCACUGCACCCAUCACCACUAUAGCAACAACCGCUGCACCCACCACUCCUAUAGCAACCACUGCACCCAUCACCACUAUAGCAACAACCGCUGCACCCACCACUCCUAUAGCAACCACUGCACCCAUCACCACUAUAGCAACAACCGCUGCACCCACCACUCCUAUAGCAACCACUGCACCCAUCACCACCAUAGCAACAACCACUGUACCUACUACCCCUAUAGCAACCACUGCACCCAUCACCACCAUAGCAACAACCACUGUACUUACUACCCCUAUAGCAACCACUGCACCCAUCACCACUAUAGCAACAACCGCUGUACCUACUACCCCUAUAGCAACCACUGCACCCAUCACCACUUUAGCAACAACCGCUGCACCCACCGCCCCUAUAGCAACAACUGAUCCCAUCACCACUAUAGCAACCACUGCAACUACCACCCCCAUAGCAACCACCGCACCAAUCACCACUAAAGCAACAACAGAACUCAUCACCAAUAUGGCAACAACCACUGCAGCUAUCACCACUAUUGCAACAAUACCUAUUAAUCCCACAGCAUUUUCAACAGUAGCUACAUUCACCACAUCCACACCCCAAGUAGCAACACCUCCAACAGCCAUUUUGAAUUUAACGUGUCCACUGGAGCCAGUCUUUCAGGAGCGGUCACGUGUCAUCAUGCAUCAGCACAGAAGCAAAUUUCACCAGUGCAAAUCCCGGAUGGUGAUUUACACUGCUCUGCUGGUGUUGGAGAUCGCCUACACGCUGGUGCUGGCUAAGUAUACUUUUUCACUAUACUCCCUCGUGCGGCACAGAGAGAUGCUGCACAGUGUGAAACUAAUUCACUUCUCCUACAAGAGAGAGGUCAUCCUGAGGCCUUUACAACAGGCAGAAACCCGAAGGCUUUAGAACAAAGGUUGAAAGAUUGUUUCCUGUUGAACUAAAGGAAGUGGAUCAUGCAACCUGUUGGGGCACCCUAGAAAUGCUCAGGGCUUUCUGUAUAUUGGACUUGAAUUUACAUGUCUAUAAAAUUUGUUUAAAAUGCUGAGUAUAUAUUAUUCUUCUAUUAAAAUAUACAUUUGUACAAAAUUUGAAUGAAUCCCAGAUGUCAUAAAAUUAUAGUUUAAUAAAAAAUUGAGCAUGGGUCUGGAAUGAGGAUUUGUGUUAGAGUUGUUGGCCUGACAGCUAAAGGUUAAAAACAUUAAUUAUGCAGUAUCAGGGAGCACGAGGCCAGAUUCAUUAACCCAAGCUAACCCAGUGAGAGCGACAGUAACUUCAUCACUGCCUGCUUUCUGUUCCUGAGGUGUUACUGGAAAGCAGCACAAUGACAGUUGGAUUGCAACUAGAACCUUGUUCAAGUCUUUAAUACACCCGCUAUAUUAUGCUAAUUUUACUGAAUGAGAAAUAUUUUUUAAUAUUUUUUAAUUUUUUAACAAUGAUGAACGAUGAAGUUGCAACUUGCAAUAUUAAAGAUGGACAUUGUUAAAAUGACAUGUUUUUUUUUUUAAA